AUGGGUAGUUCAUCAUCACGCUCAAUCCCGAAUUACGACGCAAGAAUUCGAACGAAGAACGGAGAAAAAUUUCGAAUCUCGUAUCAUGACUUGGUUGAUCAUAUCUUGUUACUUCGCAAAGUGAUUGCUCAUCCAGAAAUAACACAAGAAGGACCUCUAUUGGAUUAUUUUGUGAAUGAUUAUUGUAAUCGAAUGGCACGACAAGAAAUGCAGACUAGAGAUCAACAAAUGAAACUGCCAUGGCAAACUGAAUGGAUUUGGCAUGUUCAUCGUCUUCAUCCUUUAAACUAUCAGGCUGAUUGUACUAAACAACUUUUAAACGAACAAAUCGUCGAUAAAAAAGUGCGUCAACUUCUUCAUAAGCAUAAAAGCAAUCAAGAUUCAAAGUUGUCAUUUCCGUCCAUAACAAAUCGAUUCUUUUUCGUUCCAACAAUCGAUUUGAGAAAAGCCGUCAUCCGUCAACGUGAUUUUCUUGAAAAAUUUCAAAAACAUUAUCUGUAUUCACUCGAUUUGAAAAAGUUUCUUCGUUCACAAUUCGAAAAUUUAGUACAAAAUUAUAUAUCAUUUAUGAAAUUGGCACAAAAAAACGAAAUGAUUGUACCGACUUUUGACAUCGAUGUGAUCUGGCAUACACAUAUGAGAUAUCCAUCACAGUAUCAAACUGUUUCAAUAGCUUUAUGUGGUUUUAUUGUUGAUCAUAAUGAUGAUAUUGAGUCAAAUAAUCUGAACAAUGCCUAUGAGAAAACUGCUGAACGAUGGGAAAAAACUUAUAAAUCAAAAUAUGGCUAUACAAUUGAUCGAAAAACUGUAGAAACAUCACAAUACAUGAGUUCAUGUGCGUUGGUCUUCGUGCCGGUUUUCAUUUCGAGUGGUAGCGGGGCAUCUUCAUGUGGAGCGAUGGGAGGUGGUUGCGGAUCGGGUUGUGGCGGUGGAGGCUGUGAUGCCGGAGGAGGUGGAAGCUGUGGUGGCGGAGGAGGUGGAGGCUGCGAUGGUGGUGGAGGUUGUGGUGGUGGAGGUGGAGGUUGUGGUGGUGGUGGAGGAGGUGGAGGCUGUGGUGGCGGAGGCUGUGGUGGAGGAGGGUGUGGAGGUGACUAA